CAUUGCCUUGGAUUAAUGUGAGUCUGUCUGUGUUUCCAGUUGGCCCACGCCGAUUCAGUGGUGCUCAGUGGCACAUGCAGAACAUCCUCAAAGACUCUGUGGAGAGCUCUGAUGAUGAAUUCUUUGAUGCACGAGAAGAGAUGGUGGAAGGAAAAAGUGCCAUUCUCAUAGGCAUGAGCCAAUGGAAUUCAAAUGACCUUGUUGAGCAGAUAGAAACAAUAGGGAAACUGGAACAAAAUCAAGGUGAAGAGUCUGCAUUUUGCUCAUCUGGCUUUCUACAGGAAAAGCAACGUGAAUUAUAUAGAGCCUCUUUAAGAAAACAAAGGCUCCCAGCACAAGGCAGUAUUGAAAUUCAUGAGGACAAUGAGGAAGGAGUUCAACACCAGAACUGCAAAACUCAUGUGCUAAUUUUGAUCCUACAUGGAGGGAACAUCUUAGACACUGGAGGUGGGGACCACAGCAGCAAGGUGGCAGACAUCAACACCUUCAGUUCUGUGUUUGAGAAAGUGACUCGAGCCCAUUUCCCUGCCGCUUUGGGCCACAUCUUAAUCAGACUUGUUCCCUGCCCAGCAAUCUGUUCUGCAGCUUUCUCUCUUGUUUCCAACCUAAAUCCGUACAGCUAUGAUGAGAGCUGUCUCAGCAGCAGUGAAGACCACAUCCCACUGGCUGCCUUGCCCUUGCUGGCGGUUUCAUCUCCUCAGUACCAGGAUGCAGUUGCCAUGGUGAUCAGUAGAGCCAAUCAAGUUUACAAUGAAUUUCUCAAGUCUACAGAUGGGGCUGGUUUUAAUGGACAGGUGUGUCUCAUUGGUGACUGCAUUGGAGGAAUUUUGGGCUUUGAUGCCAUCUGCUAUAAUUCUAAUACAGCUGACGAGAGUCGGAACAGUAGCAGGAGAGGAAGCAUCAGCAGCAUCCAGGAUAAUCCCCUCUUAGCAGAGGACUCCAGUCUGGGUGGCAGCAAACGCCUGAGCAAAAGCAAUAUUGACAUCUCGGAAAUGAUGGAGGAUGAGAAGCCAAGGCAGCCAUUGCCGAGGAAACAGAGUGACUCAUCCACCUAUGACUGUGAUACUAUAAGCCAACAUCAUGCUUUCCUGUCUAG